GGUGGGUGGGUUGCUCGCUUCGCUUGCCACCUCCCAAUCGAGCUGCCUCUACGCCACCCGCGAUGAUGGGAGGAGGGCCGCUGCUGCUGGAUCACCGCUUGCCGCUGCCGGCGGAUGACAAGGGCGCCCUCUUCGGCGGCUUCGGGGGCGACUGCUUCUUCGGCGAGGGCGACCUCGUCAACCCGCCGCCGCCGGCGCACGACGAGAUCAUGAGCUUCCCCGGCGGCGACGACAGCGACGACGGCGACGACGAUGUCGUGGGCGGCAUCGACGAGCUGGAGCGCCGCAUAUGGCGCGACCGCGUGCGCCUCAGGCGCCUCAAGGAGCAGCAGCUGCAGCAGCAGCGCGGCGGCGGCCGCGGCAAGGAGGUGCCGCGGGCGCGGCAGUCGCAGGAGCAGGCGCGCCGCAAGAAGAUGUCGCGCGCGCAGGACGGCAUCCUCAAGUACAUGCUCAAGAUGAUGGAGGUCUGCAGCGCGCAGGGCUUCGUCUACGGAAUCAUCCCCGAGAACGGCAAGCCCGUCACCGGCGCCUCCGACAACCUCCGCGCCUGGUGGAAGGAGAAGGUCCGCUUCGACCGCAACGGGCCCGCCGCCGUCGCCAGGUACCAGGGCGCUGGUGGUGGCGACGGCGGCGCCGUGGCCGCGGCGCCGGCGGGGCCGCACUCCCUGCACGAGCUGCAGGACACCACGCUGGGAUCCCUGCUCUCCGCGCUCAUGCAGCACUGCGACCCGCCGCAGCGCCGCUUCCCGCUCGAGAAGGGCGUGCCGCCGCCGUGGUGGCCGCAAGGCGCCGAGCCGUGGUGGCCCGAGGCCGGCGUGCCCAGGGAGCUGGGCCCGCCGCCGUACAAGAAGCCUCACGACCUCAAAAAGGCCUGGAAGGUGGCCGUGCUCACCGCCGUCAUCAAGCACAUGUCCCCCGACGUCGACAAGGUCCGCCGCCUCGUGCGCCAGUCCAAGUGCCUGCAGGACAAGAUGACAGCCAGGGAGAUCGUCACCUGGCUCGCCGUGCUCAAGCAGGAGGAGGACCUCUACCUCAUGCUGCACCCGGGCGCCCACCCCCCGCCGUGCUCCACCAACGCCGCGGCGCUCCCGUUCAGCGCCAGCUCCGGCGAGUACGACGUGGACGGCGCCGACGACGGCGAAGAGACUGCCCGGAACACGAAGCCAUCCCCCAACGACGCACCCGCGUUCGUGGACCUUUCGUCGUCCAUGGAUGCUGAUGCUACUACGGGCAAUAACAGGUUCCUCAUGCCGGCUGCCCUGAUGAAGGAGGAGGCCGCCGACGCCGAGUUAUUCCAGAAGAGGAGCGCGGUGCCGGCCGCCGUGGAGCCGGAGCUGAUGCUGAGCAACAGCUUCCGCGCCUACACCUGCGGGAACGCGCAGUGCCCGCACAGCAGCUGCGUGCACGGGUUCCUCGACCGCAGCGCGCGCAACACCCACCAGUACGCCUGCAAGUUCAACAGCCCCGCCGUGGCGCCGAGCGCCGCCACCGACAACAACAAGCUGCUGGCACCGUCCGUCUUCCUGCCGCCCGGUCAGGCGGUCGGCGGCUUCGACUUCGACGUGCCCGUCGAUGGCCAGAGGUCGCUCGCCGAGCUCAUGGACAUGUACGAGGCCAACGUGGGGACAUCCCGGAGCCUGAGCAACACCGACAUGGUCGCCACCGGCGGCGUGCAGGUGUCCGGCCAAUUCCUGACGCCGUGCCUAUUUGGCAACCUGAACCAGCCACAGCAGCAGCAGCAGCAGAGCGCGGGGUUCUACGUCCGUGACGAUGCGUUGCCGUUCGGAGGCGACAUCGCCGGCGCGUCGCCGGAGUUGAGGUUCAGUUCAGGUCUCGACGGCGUGGCAGUAGGCACGUCAUCACAUUACGGCGGUGCGUUGCAGCUGCAGCAACCGCAGCCGCACAAGCCCGCGGCGGGAUCCAAUUGGUUCUACUGAGCGCUGACUGCGGCAGGAUCAUGGAAGGAGCUUGUUAGUUUCUAGGGCAUUAGAAUUCACGAACAUUAUGAGUUCCAGUCUUGUAUUUAAAAGCUUGCGCCUGCCUGCCUGUAUAAGGUUUUGGCGCUGAUGAUGUCGCUGCAGAUGGCAUCCAGCCAUAUACCUUUCUUAAUAGGAACUUCCUUCCAUCUUGCUCUGUUGGUUGCCUCA